ACGUGGAGGAGGAGAAGCAGCAGGAGGAGGAACAUGUCUUCCAAGAAGAGCAGGAGUAAAGCUAAAAGAGCGGCUGAGGACGGAUCUCCGGCCCAGUCGGCCCUGAAGACCCCCCCGGACCCCCGCAGCCCGCAGACCCCCUCCUCCACCCCGGGAGGCUCCAGCAGAAACUUCACUGUCAUCGACUUCGUAGAAAAGGCGGACGAUAAAACCCCCAGAACCUGCAGGUCCAGGCUGGCCCAGCUGAGCCUGGGUUCCAUGAAGGCGUGCGGUGCGAGCAUCGGGAGGCCGGUUCUGCUGACGAGCCGGACGGGCCAUCAGGAGGUGUGUCUGGGAUGGCCUGCCGCCACGUUUCCAGCGGGGAAGGUGGGCCUUCAGAAACCCGCUCAGAAGAACCUGCGGGUGACGGGUGGAGACGAGGUGACGGUGCAGCCCGUCACCGGCCCGGUGCUGCAGGCUGACCGGCUGCUGCUCAGCUUCAGGUCCGGAGACGACCGGCUGGACUCAGACGACUUCAGGGACUUCCUGCUGCGGUCUGUGGCUGGAGCCAUCGUCCUUCCAGGAAACGCCCUGUCCCUCUCUUACUUCGGCCGCUCCUGCAGCCUGCGGGUGGAGAGCGUGGGAGGACCGGGUGGAGCGACCCUCCAGAGACCGGCGGCCCCCCCCGACACAGAGCGCUCCUCUGUGCUGGACUCUGUGCUGGACUCCACCUCUGCAGACCUGAGUCUGCAGCUCAGCACGCUCAGUGUGAAGGACCAGGAAGAGCCUGGAGAACCUGGGCCUGGAGAGCCUGGAGGACCCCCAGAACCUUGUCCUGCAGAACUCACAGAACCCAAUCCUGCAGAGCCUGGAGAAGCUGGGCCGGCAGAUCCUGCAGAACCCAGUGCUGCAGGCCCCAGUCCUACAGCCAGCACCCCCCGACGCCCGGACCCCCCUCCCCUCCCGUCCCCGUCCUGGCCCGGCGGCCCGCCGUUCAGCUCCCAGAGUCCCGGUGCAGGACCGGAGGCCGACCCGGAGAGCUGGGUCUGCUCAGAGCAGGCAGCAGAACCUUCCACUGCGCCCCCUGCUGGGGCUUUAAGUACAGACACCUUCUACUGCCUCUCUUCCUCCACCAAAGUCCUCUUUAGGUCCGGGCCGGAGCAGACGGACGCGGACGCGGAGGCCGAAAGGUCAAAGGUGACGUACGGCAUGAUCGGCGGGCUGAGCAGCCAGCUGGAGGUCAUCAGAGAGACCAUCGAGCUUCCUCUGAAGCAGCCGCAGCUCUUCUCCACCUACGGCAUCCCCCCUCCGAGAGGAGUCCUCCUCUACGGACCUCCGGGAACCGGAAAGACCAUGAUCGGACGAGCCGUCGCCAACGAGGUCGGCGCUCACAUGACGGUGAUCAACGGUCCGGAGAUCAUGAGCAAGUUCUACGGUGAAACUGAAGCCCGGCUCCGGCAGAUCUUCGCAGACGCGUCUCAGAGGCAGCCGGCCAUCAUCUUCAUUGACGAGCUGGAUGCUUUGUGUUCGAAGAGAGACGGAGCUCAGAACGAGGUGGAGAAACGGGUGGUGGCGUCUCUCCUGACUCUGAUGGACGGCAUCGGCUCUGAGGGUCACUCGGGUCAGGUCCUGGUCCUGGGGGCCACCAACCGGCCCCACGCCCUGGACCCGGCCCUCCGCAGGCCGGGACGCUUCGACAAGGAGCUGGAGGUCGGCGUUCCCACCGCCGCCGAGCGAGUCGACAUCCUCAGGAAGCGGCUAAGUUCGAUGCCCUGCAGCGUGAGCGGCGAGGAGCUGACGCGACUGGCCGACGCCGCUCACGGAUACGUCGGGGCAGACCUGGCAGCUGUGUGCAAAGAAGCAGGGCUGCACGCUCUCAGGCGAGCGCUGGCGGCCUCCCGGCACGAGGCGUCCGACCGGCAGCUGACGGGGACGGUGACGGUGACUCUGCAGGACCUCCGGUGGGCCAUGUCGCUCGUCAAGCCCAGCGCCAUGAGGGAGGCGGCUGUCGACGUCCCCAAGGUCCGUUGGUCGGAUGUAGGAGGGAUGGAGGAGGUGAAGCUGAAGCUGAAGCAGGCCGUGGAGUGGCCCCUGAGGCACCCCGAGGCCUUCACCCGCAUGGGCAUCCAGCCCCCCAGAGGAGUCCUGCUGUACGGACCCCCGGGCUGCUCCAAGACCAUGAUCGCCAAGGCGCUGGCCAACGAAAGCGGCCUCAACUUCCUGGCUAUUAAAGGUCCAGAGCUGCUGAGCAAGUAUGUUGGAGAGUCUGAACGAGCGGUGCGAGAGGUGUUCCGGAAGGCGAGGGCCGUCGCGCCGUCCAUCGUCUUCUUCGACGAGAUCGACGCUCUGGCCAGCGAGCGAGGAAGCUCUCCGGGUUCCGGUGCGGUGAGCGACCGGGUUCUGGCUCAGCUGCUGACGGAGAUGGACGGCAUCGAGCAGCUCCGGGACGUCACCGUGCUGGCCGCCACUAACCGCCCCGACAUGAUCGACAAGGCUCUGAUGCGUCCCGGUCGCCUGGACCGAAUCAUCUACGUGCCUCUUCCAGACGCCGCCACCCGCAGGGAGAUCUUUUCUCUCCAGUUUGGCAACAUGCCCGUGGACGGAGACGUCUCGGUGGACGAGCUGGUGACUCGGACCAACAAGUACUCCGGAGCAGAGGUGAGCCGCAGCGCCGUCCUGGGCUCACAGGACUGCGAGCCGUCGCACAAACACUCUGGACACUUACCGGCGCCUGGCGACACCAUGUUUUAUUUAGGAGGGCUGCAGAUGAGCAGCUCUCAGGUGAAAAUGGACCACAACCUGCUGGUUCUGCCUCAGCAGUACAUCACUGAGUUCUUGAGCAUGGUGAGGCUCUUCUCAGACGUCCUCCAGGCUGUGGUGCAGCUGCAGCUCCUGACGAGUGAAGUGAACCACACCGUGCUCACAACACAGAAAGGCUCUGCUCUGGUCGGGUUCCUCACAGACGUCACUGUCACGUGA